CAAAAUCAAAAUCAAAGAAAAUAAAAAUAAAAAUUUCAGUUUCGUUGAAUAUUGGUUAUAUGCGUUGUCAGAUUGGGCCAGAAUCUUUCAACAGUAGCCAAUCCACUUCCACAACUCUGACUCUCACAACACCACCAACUUGUCAUAUUCUCAUUAAUCCUCACCCACGUUUAUAAAAUUGUAUGCGUCUAGCCGCUUCUUCUUCUUCUUUUGCCGUCUAGAGAGUUAGGGUUAGGGUUUUAUUUUGCUCCUCCUUCUACUCUUCUUCUAUUCCUACUCAUCAUAUCACUAACGCAAACAAAAAAGCCAAAUUUUCACUUUUCGAAUCUAGGCCACGGCUGCCGCAGGGUUUGUAAUUCCCAUUUUUUCUUUUAAUUCCAUGAUUUUAAUUUUCUUAUAAAUUCUCAAUUGCACCAUAUGAUAUGAUCUGAUUUUGUUUUUAUAUUUUAGAUUAUGAUUUUGAAUUCGUCCGUCGAAAUCAUCAUCAUCAUCAUUAUCAUCGAAUGGAAUGAAUUAUUAAUUAAUAAAAUAAUUUGUUUGGCAGAGUUAUAAGUUUGUUGAAAGAGCAAUUAAGAGUAAUUAGUUAAUUAAUUAAUGCCAAUGUCGUUGUCGUCUUCGUCGUCGAGCUCCCAUUCUCCAUGUGCGGCCUGCAAGUUCCAGAGGCGAAAGUGCACUCAAGAAUGUAUAUUCGCACCGUAUUUCCCACCAGACCAGCCUCAGAAGUUCACCAACGUUCACAGGGUAUACGGGGCCAGCAACGUCGCCAAGCUCCUCAACGAACUCAACUCCGUCCACCGCGAAGACGCCGUCACAUCCCUGGCUUAUGAAGCCGAGGCUCGGCUUCGGGACCCCGUUUACGGUUGUGUGGGCUUCAUUUCUAUCCUACAGAACAGGCUCCGCCAAGUCCAGAACGAUCUCUAUGCUGCCAAGAAGGAGCUUGCUGCAUAUAUAGGCCCUCAGGCCAUGAUGAUUCAACCCCAACCCCAACAAGCAGCUGCUGCAGAUUACAACAUCAACAUGAACAUGUCAAUGCCCAUGCCAAUGUUGGGAAUUCCCACCGGCCCUUCUCAGGGCAGCGGCGGCGGCGGCGGCGGCCAGUUGCUGAUUCGUGACUCACAUCUACAGCAGCAACAGAUGUAUGAGGCUCAGCCUCAGCAGCAGCAGCAGCAGCAAGAGCUUGUAAGGUAUAACAGCAGUAGUGGUGGGUUUGAUCCAGUGAGUACUUUGGGUAGAGGGGGUGGUUUUAAUAAUCAUCAGAUGGGUGGAAAUGGAAAUACUAGUGCCAUGAAUAAUAUGUCUCCUUCAUUGGGUUUGGACACUUUCGAUCAGAAUGUUUAUCAGAUUCAUCAGCCUCCCACUCAGUAUCAUCAUCCAAUUGAGUAUCAUCAGAUUCAAGCUCAGCUUUUGCCCCACCAACAACCACAACAGCUACACCACUCUCACCAUAAAUCUGUACCUGAUGACAGUCAAAGAUGAUUGCUUCCUUCAUCUUUCCUUUAGCAAAAACUUUCAAGCCUAGUGCAUAUAUGCAGCAUACGAGUGAGGAUACUAAAAGAGAAAUUCAUGUAUGAGAUGUAAUGAGAUGUAAGAAGUUGGUAUGGGAAAAAAAAAUAUAUGGAUUUGAUUUUAAAUAAGG